UCCGGGUCCAGUUUUCCUGCUCGCAGUAUUUUGGAAAAACUCGAAUCCCGCGUCCAUCCUGACCGUCAAGCAAGCACGGGCAUCUUUCGCAAACGAGCGACAGGCUGGAGCUCUGGUGCUCUGCUGCUCUGCUCUAUUCUGCUGUGCUGUGUCCGAUAUAUGGAAAGCGCGCGCAGAUUUUCUAUUGAUCUUGUUUGCAUGAUCGCGAAUUCAAAGAGAGGAGAAAGCGUGAGAGAGAAAGAGAAAGAAAGAGAGUACACGAGAGGGCAAGUGGAUAGCGACGGUUUUAAAGGUCUGAACGAGUAACGAGGAACGAGGCAACAACGUGCGUGCCGGCCAAGCACGAGCACGCGAGCAGCACCAGCCAGCCUGCCAUCAGUUGCAAAGCAUCACAUCACAACGUGCUGCUGGUGCUGGUGAUGGUGAUGGUAAUGGUAGCAACUCUUAGCUGGUAGCUAGCAGCGACAGCAGCGGCGGCGAGAGCUUCACAGAUGAAAUGGACAUUUUUCGGAUGGUGGUGAUGCACUCAAUCAUCAUCACGACAAUAACGACGGCUGCCUCCAUCAGCAGCUAGUGUUCCGGUAGCUAAAGUUGAAGUAAGCUGAAUUGGUGAAAGCAGCAAGUGCGAGGUGUCGUUAUACUGUCUGCAUGCUCCUAUUAUUUAUAUUGGAGCAUGACGACAUUGUACUAUCUUGCGGUAUCUUGAAGUAGUAGUGAAGUUUGAUACGAUGAGACCAAAAUAAAUUAAAAUUGCUUGAAGAUGAGCCGAAGAAACCAUAAUGUUGGACAGCUGCUAGCUGCGGCAGUCAUCCUAGUUGUUUUACCAGGGAAAUCACAUCAAGGUCAACAUGAAAAGAAAUUACUCAACAAGCUAUUAGAUAAUUACAAUGUUUUGGAAAGACCAGUAGCCAACGAGUCAGAACCUCUUGAAGUCAAAUUCGGCCUAACUUUGCAGCAAAUUAUUGAUGUGGAUGAAAAAAAUCAGAUUCUUACUACAAAUGCUUGGCUUAAUUUGGAAUGGACAGACUACAAUCUCCGCUGGAAUGAAUCUGAGUAUGGAGGCGUAAAAGAUUUAAGAAUUACACCGAACAAACUGUGGAAACCUGAUGUUCUAAUGUAUAACAGUGCUGAUGAGGGUUUCGACGGGACAUUCCAAACAAACGUUGUGGUCAAACAUAACGGCAGCUGCUUGUACAUCCCUCCAGGUAUCUUCAAGAGCACAUGCAAGAUAGACAUUACAUGGUUCCCAUUUGAUGACCAACAUUGUGACAUGAAGUUUGGUAGCUGGACGCACGAUGGUAAUCAGCUUGACCUGAUUCUCAACUCGGAAGCGGGUGGAGACCUUUCCGACUUCAUUACCAAUGGUGAAUGGUAUCUUAUCGGUAUGCCAGGAAAGAAAAAUACGAUUAUAUACGCAUGCUGCCCAGAACCAUAUGUAGAUGUAACAUUUACGAUACAAAUUAGGCGGAGAACUUUGUACUACUUCUUCAACCUUAUAGUUCCUUGUGUGUUGAUAUCUUCGAUGGCUCUAUUGGGAUUUACACUGCCACCAGAUUCCGGCGAAAAGCUGACGCUAGGCGUGACCAUCUUGCUCUCAUUGACGGUGUUCCUGAACCUCGUGGCUGAAACUUUGCCCCAAGUAUCUGAUGCCAUUCCCUUGUUAGGUGUUACCAUUCUAUUGUCACAGACAGUGUUUUCCUUGUUGGUGGCUCACGUGAUCACCCAGACGUCCGACGCUGUGCCCCUGAUAGGUACAUACUUCAACUGUAUCAUGUUUAUGGUUGCUUCUUCAGUGGUAUUGACUGUUGUCGUGCUUAAUUAUCAUCAUAGAACCGCUGAUAUUCAUGAGAUGCCACAAUGGAUCAAAACCGUUUUUCUCCAAUGGCUUCCAUGGAUUUUAGGCAUGAGCAGACCAGGAAAGAAAAUUACACGUAAAACGAUUAUGAUGAACAGUCGAAUGAAGGAAUUGGAAUUGAAAGAACGUUCAUCAAAAAGUCUAUUAGCCAACGUGUUAGAUAUUGAUGAUGAUAUACGUAAUGUUUCCGGAACAUCUGGAAACAGUUCAACUAUGACUAGCAAUUUAGGUCCUGCCUUCACUCGAAACGCGAACACUAUCGAAGAGUCAUCUAUAUCUGGCACUACCAGCUCAGGCCAACGGGAUUUGCAGCUUAUUCUCAAAGAACUUCAGUUCAUUACAAAUAGAAUGAAAAAAGCCGAUGAAGAAGCCGAAGUAAUCAGCGAUUGGAAGUUCGCGGCUAUGGUGGUCGAUCGGUUCUGUUUGAUUAUUUUUACUCUUUUUACUAUUAUAGCAACAGUUGCCGUACUAUUAUCGGCACCGCAUAUUAUCGUACAGUAAUGAAUCCAUUUGAGAGAGACUGUAAACUUUUCUGUGAUAGGCAGCACAGAAUGCGUUGGCAGUUAAUCGCCCAAUAAUUUAUUAUUUUGUACAUACGAUUUAAAUAAAAAAUAAUAUGUCUAAAUAAAUAUAGCGUGUCAAAUAAGUUAAAAGGCACUUACAUAAAUAAUUAAUAAUAAUAAUACUAGGUAUGAGAGUAUGACGAGGUAAGAUGUAAGAUGAGGUAUUUUUCAUCAAACAUGAUAAAAUAGAAAUGCAAGGGUCUUAUGUAUUUUUAUAAAAUAUUAAUUUCAGACGAACGAAUUUUAUUACGAUUAUCCAGUGUAUUACGAUCUUAAUUAGUUUAUAUAUAGGUGACGUGCAUUAUGUCGUUACUAAAAAUUUACUUUGCAUCAAUCUUUGUUACUAAUGUUCGUAUAGAUUUAAAAUGUUGCUUAUAGAAAGUUUUUGUAAUUUUUUUUGUAAUUUUUUUUGUUUAUAAAAAUGUUUAGAGAGUGUUAACCCUGUAUUUGUAAUAUGUUAUUAUGUGGGUGCCUUUUUGGGAGGAUAAAAUAUAAAAUCUAAAGCUGAAUAGGUUAAAAUAAUUUACUCAUUUUAAUAUCAUUAUCAUCAUCAUCAAUUAGGCCUUUCGUUAUUAAGAAUUUUAUCAAACAUAAUCAAGUCAAGGUUUACGACAAUCAUUUAAAGAAAAAAUAGUCAAUAUUGCUCAUAAGGUAUUGUUAAUUAAGCAUGAUUGAUUGUCUUUAGAACAUAUAUUUUUUAACUUUGUUACUUGCAAAUAUUUGUAAAUCAUAUUUUUGUAAUUUUCACAAUAUAAGUAUACCUUCAAUGAUCAAUUCUAUCUAAAGAUCAAUCAUAACACAUAUAGUUGAGUGAAUUUCAUUGAAUGUCAUUAUGCUAAUUUGUAAAUCAAUUCACAAAAGUUACCUUAAUUAAUACUACUUAAUAUCUGGAUAGUUAAAUCUAUUUUUCUAUAUUACCACAAUGUUGCUUCAAGAAGCAAAAGACGAAUUACCUUCUGAUAAAAGAGUCUGAUAUAAGAUUGCUCAAAAUAAUUUUAAUCGCUUUAAUUGAUAUGAUAUUGUGGAUGUGAAUAUGGAAGGAAAGAAUUCAGUUGGCUUUUAUUUGGGACCAUGCAGCUUUAGAUUUUAAAAUUUAGAAGAGUGAGCAACAGAUCAUUUUUAAUACAUAUUUAGUUGAUAUAAUAUAAUUGACAAUUUACAUGACAUUUGAUAAACAGGCGAUAUUACAUUUAAUGUAAUGUAUUUAUUAAUGACGGAGAAUCGCGGUAACAACAGUGCAAAAAGGAUAUUGAUGAUAGAUAAAUAUUCUGAUGUUUAUUUUUAGGGUGAUGUUUUGAGUUUUAUUUAGUUCAAUAUUGGGUAAACACUGACUAGAUAUAUCAUGUUAUAAUAUUCAAUAAUUCGUUAUAUUUUAUCAAAUAUUAGUAAAGCAUAUAUUAUUUUCCCAAGAAAAGACUGCAGUACGAAAACUUGUAUCUAAUUAUUGCAAUAUCACUAUAUAAUUUUUGACUUUUUUUUUCAAAUCUUAUACAAUUCUAUUAUAUUUGUAUAUACACUAAAUUAUUAUAAUUAUAUUAUAUAAUAUGUUUCACGAUAUUUACAAAUAAGAAACUUUCAGGCGUCUUUAGUAAAUGAAAAAACGUUUUUUUUAGAUAUUGUCUUCAAGUAGCGGGUUAGAAAAAUCUCAGAACGCUGUCCUGAAAAUAAUAUGUAUUUUAUAUGUAUAUAUCUAAUAAAAAUUUGGUUAGGUUGUUUGUUAAAUACAGGACCUAUUAUAUUUUACAUUUUCUCCUACCUAUAAAUAUACAGGGCAUCCUAAAAGAUUGCAGAAAAAUAUUAAGAAGAUAAGAGCGCAUAAAAAAAUUUGUGUUUAAUAUUAAAAAUAUGUUUGCAAAUAAGCCUCGUCGGAAGAAAAAUUAAAAAACGCUUUUGGUCUGUAUAUUUAUUUUAAUGACAACCGCCUAUUCUUUAUAGGUUUGUUGGCUUAUUUUUGGAACAACUUAGCAACUAUAGCGAAAACAUUAUUUAACAAAUGACUUAAGAUGUUCAGCAUAUAUUAAACAAAUAUUGUGAUGAAUUUCGCAACUUAGGUUUAAAUUAAAUUGAUUAUUUAUAACUUAGGAAACCAUUCACAUUAAGGAACUAGAUAUACAAAAAGGGGUGAAGUUUGCAAUAGUGUCAAACGAUUUUAUAUAAUUAUGGUUAUAUAAACAAUAAAUAUGUAUUAUAAUAAGUUUCAUAUGUAUUAAGGAAUACUGUACCAAAUAAAUUGAUAUAGUUAAGAUUUUCCUAAAUAUUUAUAACGGUUAGCUUCUAAUAAAGUCGAACAUUUGUAUUGAUUUAUAGCAUUUAAAUAAUGUAAGGUAUUAAUAAAAUGAGGGAUCAAUAAUUUGUUCUUAAAAAACCUUGUUUAAAAAUUAAAUAAUAAUUUACAAAUAUUUCACUGCUUUUUUCGAAAAUCGUAAGGGCCCUGCAAUGGUUAUUUGACUCUUAGUCCGAUAUACAUAGAUAUUAUGUAUCAUAAUAUGGUUAAAAUUAACACGUGUGUAAAUUUAUUAUAUUAAAUAAUCGAAUAAUAAUACAAUUACAUAAAGUUGUUUGCUUUUUAUACUUGAGCUUUUAUGAAUGUAAGCAGCUAUGGUAUCGAACCAAACAGAGGCUCAAUAUAUUUUUUUUCUAGAAUCCAAUGUUAACUAUUUCUAUAUUUAAUAUUAAAUUAUUAAUCCUGACGUAUAGUAAAUCUACUUUGUGUUAUUUAUUCUUUGCUUAACAUUCUAUAUUUAUAUCACGACGAAAGAUACUGAUUUCACAAUAUACUAUAUCUAUAAGAAUAAUAUUAAUAUAUUAUUAUUAUUAUUAUUAUCAUCAUAAUAAAAAUAGUAAUAAAAUGUAUAUUCUUAAAACUACACAAGGUAAAUACGGGUAUCCAGUUGUAUAAAGCGAAUCUAGACAGGGCACCAUAUUUUUGAAAGCAUGACAUACAUAUACAUAUAUGGUGGGUACUUAAACGUUUCAAUAAGAAACUUAAAUAUCUGUUUCUUUUUUAAAAUGUCACAAGUUGUAUCAGUUACAAUUCUUAUUUUAUUUUACUUAUUUGUAUAUAUAUAUAUAUAUAUAUAUAUAUAUAUAUAUAUAUAUAUAUAAUAAGGCAUAAAGAACAUAAACAAUUUUAAUUUUGAAAACAAAAAUCAAAUGUAAUCUUAAUAAAACAUAGAAAUUACAAUGAUUUUUACUAAAAAUAUGCAUCCCGGCCAUAAAUCGUCUAAAUGUGUAUAAACAAAAAUAACAUGUUUUUAAAAUAAUUUG